AUGUCUUCCGACAUCCCUGACAUGCUUGUUCGUGGUCGAAGGGAAUUGGUGUGUGGCGAAGUUGUAAAGGCUGUAGAGACAUUCCAAAUUGAGAAUGGCGACCUGCAUGAAAGUCUUGCUGAGCCAAAUCUUCUAUAUGGCACUGCCCUUUUAGAACUCGCUCGUAUGGAGAGCACUGUAUUAGGUAACGCGCUUGAGGGUGUACCCGAAGAAGAAACUGCAUGCGAUGAUGAAGACUUCAUAGAGGAGUGCCAGCCAAUGACAGGCAAGCAGUCAAUUCAUAAUACUUUUAUUUCAGAAACCGAAAAAGAGGACCUUUCAGAUCAGGUCAUUGAUGCAAUGUGUGAACCAGAAAAAGAUACCGAAGAGUCUGCAGCUAAGCAAGACAGCGAUACGCCUGAUCAGCCUAAAGAGGAGGUUACGGCUUCCGAAUCCGGUGAUCAGGUUAAAUGCGAAACUGAGAUUAAUCCUACUGCCAAUGAUGAUCCAGAUAGUGGUCUAAAGUCCGAAGAAAGUAUUAACAAUACAGAAGUAGAUGAAAAAGUUGAUGCUCAGGAAGGAAGUGAAGAAAAUUCUCCAGAUACUUCUAAAAUUGAGGGAGAUACAGAGGAAGAAGAUGAAGUUGAUGAGGAUUCACAAAGCGAAGAAGUAACUAAUCUACAGCUGGCAUGGGAGUGCAUAGAAGUGUCUAAACAAAUUUUUGCAAAAUGCGAUAGCACUGAGAGUCAACUCAAGGUUGCUGAUUGUCUUGAAAAACUUGCUGAAAUAAGCAGGGAAAAAGAAGACUAUGAAAAAUCUAUAUCUGAUCUCGAGGAGUCGCUUAGUAUUCGGUUGAAGCUCCUGAAAAAGAACGACCGUCUCGUCGCUGAAUCUCACUACCAAAUUGGUACGACUUAUGCUGUAUCGGGAGACCUAGAUGCUGCUCUUGAUGCCUUUAAAAAGACAUUAUCUUGUCUUAAAUCAUUAGAUGAGCAAACCAAGUUGAAGCUUGAUGAACUGGAAAAGGAGGAUAGUUCGGACAAAUCUGAUAAGGACGCCUUAAAAGAGACUUUAUCUGAUCUUGUGGAUAUAAUUCCUGACAUAGAGAACCGCAUAGCAGAGAUAGAAGAAGACAGGCUUGAGGAAAAAAUGAUUACAUCUUCUAAGGAUGAAGUCAAACCAUCUACUCAUGCUCAAUCCUCUACAUCUGAUAUUACACAUCUUGUUAGAAGGAAGAUAAAGCGUCCAUCUUCAGAUGCAGAUGUCGGUUCUCAUCUAAAUGGUUCUUCCUUAACUAAUGGCCACAUCGAUCUGGCCGUUGACGAUACAAAAAUUGAUGAUGAGCCAUUAAAAAAAGAACCUGCAACGAAGAAAGUCAAGCUAGACGUUGAAUUAAUUGAAAAGCCAGACACCGUUGCCGACGAAGAUGUAAAUGGAAAGGCUCUGCAAAUUGGCCCUUGA